GCUGUUUAGAUGUAGUUUGCACAAAUGCACUACUCAGCCAAUUUAGAGAAUUGGAAAACAACUGAGAUGAAACUUUCUUAUAUUAUUGUUUGAGAUGAAGCCCAUGAAUAUUGAUGAAACUGCUUCCAUAGAUCAUCUCUUGCCUUUUCAAACUGCAUUUGGUUGCUGUGUUGAGUCAAAGGGAGUGACAUAUGCUAUACCGUCGCAGACUGCGAAUGCUCCUUUGCAGUGGCAGCUUGAGGUGCAUUUGCACAACCCUUUUUUCUUUGAGUUUCAUUUCAUUGCUAAUGAUGGGGAUUUUUUAUCAUCGGCAAAAUCACAUGUUUUCGUUUCCAGAGAUAAAAAAUAUGCAACAGUCGGAAUUACCCAUUGUUAAUUACGAGCCUUUUUGUGGACCGCAUACCUUUUACAGAUCGCUUCAGCUGAUGUCCAUUCCGAGCAAGACUGCACCUGAUAAUAGUUCCAUAUGUAGUGUCUCUUUGGUUGAUGAUUCUGUUUGCAGUGAUAUUUUUAUGAGAUACUAUCAGACCUUCCCUGUCGAAAAAUGUCAGUCUUCGCAAAUGGACUUUUGUAAAUUACUAGACCAUUCUUCCAUACAAUAUAGCAAUUUUCCUUUUAACUGCGACUUAGCAUCUUGCAGCAAGAAACAUACUGGGUCGUUUGCUAUUAUCAAUGCAUCUUCUGGCGCGUUGAUCAGGUACAAGUUCAAGAUUGAUGAUUUCGAUGCCAAACAUGUGGCAAAGGUUGCAGAUCAAGCUGUUGCUGAAAGAAAUCCCUUCAUGUUUUUUGAAUGCACUGACAGCGUUUCGCAAAAACACCACCGGCAGCUCUUGGUUCUUCCAUAUGUUUCUUAUCCGUCCCGGAGGUAUCAGAGUCGGAAGAGCUUUCACAUCAACAUCAAUAUGAUGUUGGUGGAUUCCGUUUCUAGACCGCAUUUUUACCGCUCUCUUCCAAAUACUGUCAGAUAUCUUGAGAAUUUGGCGUCAUCAGAUAAUGUAUCUGUGUUAGAUUUUGAGCUGUUCCAUAGCAUAAAAGAUCGAACAUAUGAAAAUCUGAAAGCUCUGUUUUCUGGAGAUGCUGUCAACUUUGGGGAAAAAUUUGAAGGCAUUGCUGAGCCCCCGUCACGUGUCAGAUUUGAGAAACUUUUUGAUCAAUUUAAAAGGAUUGGUUACGAAACGCUAUAUCAAGAAGACUUAUGCUGGGAGUACGACUGGGGUCUGAUUAAAGACACGGGUGUUUACAUGCAGCAUUUACCAAAAGGUGAAAGGUUUUCAGUAUUUAUGAAAGCCAUCAGGAAUAGUGGCAUUGACGACAUAGGCCUAAGUCACUCCAGUUGUGAGAUAUUUCGAAAUCUUGGCAUCAUUGAUCAGUUUAAUUUUCCAGAUAGUAUAUGUUAUGGUAAUAGGUACCAGCAUGAUUAUUUCUUAGAUUAUAUAGAAAGGGCUUUCAAGAAAAAGGGCAGGAAGCCUUUGUUUUCGUUUUUAAUUACAGACGUGGGUCAUGAAGGGACUGGGAAACGAAUACGAACACUGGAUGACUCGCUUGUGAGAUUUCUGUCUGCAGUAACGUCGUUAGAAGACACCAUUCAUAUCAUCUUUUCGGACCAUGGUAACUCUUAUGGACCGUUCUCGCGCACUUCAGAAGGUCUUUUCGAAAUAUACCAUCCUUUUAUGUUUAUGAUUAUACCAAAUAAGGUGUUUGCGAAAAUCGGGAAAUCGCGGAUGAAACACUUGAUGGAUAACCAGCGAAGACUCGUGACGAUACGCGAUUUGCGUAACACAUUGCUGCAGUUGCGGCAUAUAUCAAUUAGCCAUAAAAAUUCAACACACCAAUCAGCAUUAUCUUCAAUGCAAGGUUUGUUUCAACCUGUCUCUGCAGCAAGGCGAUGCGAUGAUCUCGGCCUCCUUCGCAACUCCCUUUGUUAUUGCCAGGGCUGGAGGAUGUCAUUACCUGUUAGUUCAGUCCAUUUUCUAAUGGCUGAGUACGCCCUUGCAGUGAUUAACAAAAAAAUAGUUAGAUCACAACUGAACAAAAAUGACAUCACGGUUGAAAAUGGCCGAGUUUGUCAACAGCUCGUAGGCACAAAUGUCACUAAUGUUUGGCAGAGAAAGGAAAAGGUAUCGGUUACCACUGGGUUUGAUGUUCAAGUACAGAGUGAUGACUCAUUUAGCAUUGUACUUUCAUCAGUAAUAGACGAUGGUAAUACUUUUAACUUUAAGAUAAAGUCGGUUGAGAGGCGGUCAAGUUAUGGCCGGUACCGGCCGUGUGCCAACCGUAAUGUCGCUUUGAAGUUCUGUGUUUGCUCACUAAAGAAGGCCGAGAAACUAAUUUCUAGUACUUUUCCAGGGUCGGCAUUUACAUCGAUGUUUGGUGUUAAUACGAUUUAUAAAAAGAUUUAUGGUGACUGUCUUUAUAUUCUGAGGCGCGUCUAUAAAGCAGGAGUUAUUUUCGAAGCAUCAAACGCUUGCUGGAAUACCUCUUAUACUGUGAAAUUAAGAUUAAAAUUGACAAACAUGAAACUAGCAGCAGAUAGGCAAAGAUUUCUUGUUCCAGCUGGUGCUUUUCGACAUCUAGCGGUUGUUGUCAUGGAUAAACCGGGUUUCGAAUGGCAAUAUGAAUACACCAUAGAGCUUUCUAAGUUAUCCUCCGAUUCAAAAACGAAGGGGUAAAUGCUCAUCCUUUAUGAUCAAGCGAGGACACGAUAAGCAGUAUUGUCAACGAGACUCCACAAUUCCUCGAUGUGUAUUUUCUUUCAAUUGAUGGGGGUACCAUUACUAGUAAGAUUUUCAGAGAGAAAACCAAAUGAAUCGCAAAUUGAUUAAAAUAAAUGAAGAAUACAAAAACUAUUUUUAAAUAAAACAUUUUAAUGUAUUUUUUAUACAAUUCUUAUACAAUUUUUUAUACACUUUUUAAAAUCCCGUAGCAACCUGUAUCAUUCAGCGUGUCACUUGUAGCUAUUUUUAUGCCAAUAUGAGUUGUCACUUUUCAGUAAGACGUAAUGAAUUGCCUGGUAUUAAUACCUUAAAAGCAUUUAACAGUUAUCUGUGUUAUUUAUCUAUGUAAUUACCGCCUGAAUUACUGAUGAAUCAUUUUUUGCAGUAAAUUAUUUCUAACACU